UUUUUCAGGUAUGUACGGCUAAGAAUAGAGUUUUUGCACAAAUUAAAUUGUGGAUUAUUUUGGAAAUUGUUGUGAAAUUGUUGUUUCGUCAUACCGGUUCACAUUUUCAUGUAAUGACAUGUUCAAAGCGGGAAAAAUCGCAAUAUUCUAGACCGAUUGCAUUGAUUGACGCGAAUAAAACAAUAUAAAUUAAUUCGAUCACAACAAGUUUUCCCAUUUUUUUUUGUUACCAAUUACAAUUAAUGGAUUGCGGUUUUUUUUUCCAAAGAUUAUUUCGCAAUUUUGAGGCGAGAUCUGGAUUGAGACAGGGAGACAGAGAGCAAACGAAGCCUGAUCUAUUCAAAUCGUUUGGAUUCAUACGAAGUGGACUUAUUGUGACCGAGAUCCAUCGCGAUGGCGAGGCGUAAGCGGCACAAUAAGACGUUUGGUAAGCCAAGAGAGAACAAAGUCCAGAUGAAAAAGCACUCAAUUGUGAAGAAAAAACGUGUCAAUCGGAAAGAAGAUCCAGAAAAACAGUCGACAGAAAAUGGCACAAUCGAAAUCGGCGCGAUCAAAUUGGCAUUUAAUUCGAUAAUUAAUCCGAACUUAACAGAAACAGAAACAGGAUUUCUGAUCCAUAAGUUCUUCGAGAAAUGCUUGAAUGCUACGAAAGUCAUGCAUCUUGCAUCGCUGUUAAUGCUCUACACAAUCAACGAAGCAUUCGAUGAUGGCAAUUUGGACUUCUUCGUGAAUCAAAAUGGAGCAAAUUUGAUAACGGACUGUUUCAACUGUGUCACAUCGGACAACAUCAACGAUCCACUCACAGCCCAAAUGCCAGACGCAUUUCUCGCGAUGGUGACACAAGGUAGCCCCAACUUUGAAUGGCCACGCCGCCAUCAAAUGACUCGCCAAGUUUAUGCUCUCAAGGACCAGUAUGUGACCAAUUUGAAGACAAAUUUGGAGACGCACUGUUGGGUGAGAUUGACCCACUUUCUAUGUGUAAAGUGCCAUGAAUUCAAUCACAAAGGAAGCCCACUUGACGUUAUUUAUAAUGCAUCAUACUUGCCUUUCGAUGACAUUGACAUUCGAAAUACGAUGAAAAAUUUGAUGUACAAUGAAGAUUGGACAUAUGAUGAUGAUGAAAGUCGAAAGUCGAAAAUGGAAAUACUGUUUAAGGAAGUGUCUCAGCUUUGUGGCCCAUCAUUCGUAAAAUACUUCACAAUGUACGAAUACAUUCAAAAGGACUGGUUCGAGUCUUUGUGGAUGUGGAUAGGCAUUCAACGAAUUGUUGAAAAAUUUUCGAUCGAUACGGCUCACCUUCGUGAACAGUGGAAAGCAUACGAUCGUGAUCCAGUGAACAAUCGAGAGCCGUCGGUACCGAAGAUACCAAAAGUGAAGAAUUUCGCCGCUAUUCCACUCAGUGAUACAAAACUGAAGCACAUACCAUUCGACCAUAAAGAUUUGAUUGAUAUCAUUGGCCAGUUGAGAAAAGAACGGGGAUGGGAUAUUCGUGCUGAUUAUCGUACAUACUACAAGCAAGGCGAGAACAAAGACGAGGCAUGGGGAAUUGUGUUCGAUAUGGACAAAAUCAGACGGCUCAGAACCGGUUCGAAAGAGUUUUACCACAAAAUUCAAACCAACAGUAGUGCCGUGUCGGUGUUGUUUAGCAGACCCAAACGCAAAGGAGCCGGCGUGACUCUGUCUGAAAACAAAGCAAAGUACGAAAAGCCAGUCAGCAAAGGCGGUUACAAGUAUGAGUCAGGAAUUGAUCCCGGCCAGAAAACAAAAAUGGCCUGCGUGCGUCGGACUCUCGCUACUGGAAUUGAAACCAACAUCAAAUUAUCGAGUAUUCAAUAUCACUGGGAUGCGCGACAAGGAAUGCGCGACAAACAGGCCACGAAAAUGACCAGAAAGUACGUGCACAAAGAACAGCGCGACUUGAAAAGCUAUCCGAUCACAUCCGUAUCGCCGCGAGGAUCACAAUGGAAAUCAUUCAUUAAGCACAAAAUCAAAAUGCUGACAGAUUCAUUGGCUACAUACGCCAGAAGAAAAUACGCACAGCUAUCGUUGCACAAGUACAUCGAGACUAAUCGCGAAAUGGAUUUGAUGGCUAAACACAUAACAAACAAUGAGACAGGAGUUGUAUUCCUUGGUGAUGCGGCGUUCCCAUCAAAUUCGAAAAUCGGUGUGAAAAGAACAAAACGAUCACCGGAUCAGCGAAAGUUCAUAGUUAGCCUAAAAAAGAACGGCAAAACGGAUGUUGUGCUUACACCAGAGCCGUAUACAUCACAAACCUGUGCCAAUUGCUUACGGCGCAAGCAACGUGAUCGAAAACAAAAUGCCAGCCAAAAGCCAACAGCAAAUGUAACUAGAGCCGAAAAAGCUGAGAAGCAACGGGAAAAGCGUCGAAGUGAGCGCGAAAGCCACAAUCCAGAGCAAUUGGAUACCGAAGAGGCAGUGAGACGGUACAAUCGACGCAUACGACGGCGUGAACUACGUCAACGACGUCGAGUUGCAGGCCAUCGCAGCCGUAAAGUAACCAAACAGCCGGAAGCGGAAUCCGAUUUGCCAGGUUUUGUGAAAAUUGGUGACACAAGUAUUUGCAAGAUUCGUGUCAAAAAUCGUAAGGCCAAACCACAAUUAUGGCAGCGAAUACAUUACGAUGCAACUGAUAAAGGAAUUGGGUUAUUGGGGUCAAAGAAAAUAGCCUUCCAGAAAAACUGGCACUCAAGCCCAAUGAAUGAUCAGAACGCUUUUACUGCUACUUGGCAUCGUGACAUCUGUGCGGCGAAGUGCAUCUUGUACAGAGGUAUAUGA